UCAUCAAGCAGUUUUGGCUCCGGGCCUUUUGUGGCUCCCAUUGCCUCACUUCUAUAGAGAACACUAUCACUUUAUGUGGCCGAGUCUCCUUCGUAUUUGUUAAAAACAGCUAAACCGCACAAAGACUCAUAAAGUAGCCACAGAAUGACAGGAAUGAAGCUAUGCUACCCUCGGCAGAAUUCGAGAACUGCACCCGGAAGGAUUUCGUGUACGUACUGCUUGUCAGUCUUCACUACAGGCCGAAAAUCAGUUUCCAGACCCAUGAUCCAGGGGUUGUCCUGGAAACUGGUUGAUUCUGAGGUCGGAGUAGUAGUGCUGAUGUAUCACGCCCCAGUGCGGAGCUCUGCAGGGAAUCCUCCCUGGUGGCUGCUACAAGUUGGGGGCAACCGCGAUAAAGAAGGACAUGGGAAAGAAGAGAUGAGCUGGGCCAAGAAGGGUGGAAGAAGAGGAAGGCAAAGCCCCGAGAUGGGGAAGCGGAGAAUGUAAAGGUGCCCUUGACCGGGACAUUGUGGUGGAGAUCAGGAGUAAGAUGCUUGAGGACUUAGAUGUGGAAUAGGACCAACAUAGGCGACAGUGCACUUGGACAAAGAGAAUAGUCUGCGACAAAUGGCUUUGGAACAAUGAGAAAUCUACAGCAAAUAAAUGAAACUCCACUAUAUCUAUAUACAAAAACAAUGGUUCAUAAACCAAAACAGAGAACGAAACGUUACGGUUUUGUUACUGAGUUGAUUCCAAAUUUAGUUGUAGUUUUAUAUUUCCACCACCAAGGCAAGAGUUCCAGUUUGUUCACAUGCUUAGGGGGAAAAUGGCAUUAUCUACACACUAACAACUUGUGAGAAGAUGAACAACUGGACAAGGGUCACCCGGAACCACCUUUUCAGUGCGACUCAGAUCUCUCCAGAUGGAGUGAGCUGGGCCCCAGGACGCCCCAGCCACCCUGACACACCACCCAACAUCUACGAGGGAGGGCUGGGGGCCCAGCAGCAGCAGGGCCCUGGUGCCCAGGCAAGCAAGCCCAAGAACUUCCGACUGCGUCACCUCCGGAGCUUGGCUCUCUACCUGCCAGGCCACAUGCAGCCUGCUGGGCAAUGUGGAAGCCACUGGCUAGGCCGGCUCAUGGCUGGGGGCAGCCUGCCACGGCCUGAAGGCUCGGCCUGGCCCCUGUCUUUGCCACAGGGGACCCUGGGUCCAGGUAACAGCCAUUGCUCAACCCUUCUGGAAGCCCAACUGCCCAGGGACAGCCUGGGAAAUACAGCUUCCAGUUCCAGCAUGGACCCAGCCAAGGGUGUCCCCUCCCAGUCUGGUCCCCCUGAGGGCUUGGGACUCAGGCCCAAGAGGUCCUGGAGAGCCUUGGAGGAGACCAUGUGUCCCUUGUGCAAGAGAACCCGCUCUGGGGCCUUGGAGAGGACAUAAGGAUCCAAAGUGCCAGGGCUGGGGACAUUAAGGGAAGGAUGGCCGAGGAGGAGGCGGAGGCCAGGUUUCCUGAGGAAGGGUGCAGUCCCAGCAGCUGCCCUCCCACUGAGAUGGCCCCCACAGCUGCCCAGCAUCAGACCUGGGCUAGUCUGGGCAAAGUAUGAGGGAGGGAGGAGGAAGUCCCUUGAGAGGGACGGAAGAAAUGGAAGCAUGCCCAUGCCCUUGCAGCCUGCCCAAACUCCAGUCAGCCACGUGUAGCUGAGAGGCCAGGCUGAGCAGAGAAUCUGGUUCCUGAGAGCCAGGGAGUCCUCAGGUCUUCCCUCAGUAAAAA